CACUUGCUUCCGGUUGUGCACAUAAGUGCAGUACAACCGCUGCAUAUCCCCCGAGUCAUUCUACAUGGCCGGUGCUAGAUCCUCGUCUCUGCUAAUCGCCUGCUUCUUGGUAUUAUUCUCAUUUGUUGGCUCUGUACACGCCAUCCUAGGACACAAAUGGGAAGCUACCAACUUCUGCAAAUGCAUAUGCUUUAGCUCAAACUACUCCAUCUUGCACCUGGACAUACCGGACAAUCCAUCGAAACCUUGUCUAUCUUGCACGAAGCAAUGGUGUCUCAACCAGAAUUUGGCUAUCUGUAAUGGUGCCUCGCUUGGUGAUACAGACCCUGAUACAGCAACUGGGAAGGAGGGAGAUGUUGAGGCUCGCUGUUUCCAACGUGAUUCCCCCAGAGACCAGCUGGUAGUGACCAUAUACCUUCUCACUGUAUUCGGACUGUUGUUAGGGGCUGGAGUCAAAGCUCGCAUGGUCAAAGCGGGCCUUGACACCGGUUUGAAUUGGAACUCGGGAAGAAAGUGGUGGGAGGCCUGGAUCCCGCGAAGACAGCCAGAGGAUAUCGGCCUCACCUAUCGCCGCAGCUACGACGGAUAUAGGGAGUCUGGGUCUAGAGACAGAAACGGAAGGGCGGGGGAUUACAUUGCAUUGUCUAAUCCCUCAUAGCUAUUUCUUUGCUCCUUCCUGUCCUUGCCGAGGUCGUGCUGGUGUAGGAUUACGCGGACUCCUCGGAUGUAACACGUUCGGAUUUAAAUUUCGGGUUGGUGUGCUACAGCUAAAGGAGUCUUGCAUAUUAACUUCCAUGAUGUCCAGACCCUCUUCAGGGUCCGAGAUGUUCCUUUCAUAUGCAC